AUGGCCAAGAGGCCAUUUGAGAAGUCGCAUUUUCUUCACAUUGAUCGUCAUAAGUACAAGAAGGAAUAUAGACGUUUAAAGAAGCUGUUUCGUGAUGAUGCUUACAUCGUGAAGCCCAAUCAAGCCUUACAGGAGAAGCAGUUAUACAAAUACUGGAAAAACCGUAAAAAUCUAUUUUCGAAGAUAGAUGGGGCUCCAAUUUACAUGACUAAUGAGCUUUGGUACAGUGUUACGCCUGAAGUUAUAGCUAAGUUUCUUGCAAAAUUCAUUCGAGCAUGUCUUCCGGAUGCUACGAGAGUUAUGGAUGUCUUUUGUGGUGGAGGUGGGAAUACUAUCCAAUUUGCUAAACUCUUUCCUCGAGUAUAUGGGGUGGAUGCCUCUCUGGAGCAUUUGUAUUGCACCUAUAGAAAUGCUAAAAGUUACGAUGUAAGUGACAGGAUCUGGUUAAAAUAUGCCACAUGGCAACAAAUAGUUGAAAAGGGCAGAUUUGCAAGGCUGGGGAUAGAUUGUGUAUUUGGAUCUCCUCCUUGGGGAGGUCCUCAAUAUCUGAGGAGUAAAGAGUACGAUUUAGAGACAAAUUUAAUACCGAUGGGUAUCACAGAGAUGUUAAAAAGUUUCCUCAAAAUAAGUCCGAAUGUCGUUCUCUUUUUACCACGAAAUUCCAACCUAAGUCAACUGUCGAGAGCGACUAGGAGCGUACUGGGACCCAGUGGACAAUGUAGAGUCAUUUACGUGAAAGAUAACGGUUUUCUCAAAGGUAUAUUAUGCAUGUGGGGUGCAGCUUUGAUAUCACCAGUGGAAGAGCAAUGUGCACCUAACGAGGACGAGGACAAACAACCUGAGAAUUUACAUGAUAAACAAGAAAGCCCAGAUAGAAUAGCAGUAAACUACGACCUGGAUGGUUGA